AUGGUCGACGAGAUUUAUUAUUGGUCUAAAAAUAGUGGUCCAAGAGAUGAGAAAGAUCAUGACAGAAAUAAAUUCUGCCGUUUUUUCAUGAGUUUUUUGAAGACUGAAGCUGUUAUUAUGAAAACUUAUCACCUUGAUGCUUCAACAAGUAGCAAAAUUUGGAAGCAAUUUGAUCAUUCAUUAGCGAGACAAGAUUUGGUUCCAUUUGUCAAAUAUUCACUGAACAAAAAGAAGAGAUGGGAAGCCCAGGGUGGUGUGAGCCUUUUAAAAGAGCUAAAAGAUGCUUACGAUGAUAUGAAUGUGUUGGUGGCUAAUAGAGUGUGUCUUCGUAGUUCUCCUUAUUUUUGUGUUGCCCCUGCUCACCAUUAUUUCCUUCAUUUCUUCCGCUAUUUUCCAAUACGACACUUGCAUCGAAUGAAUUCGGACAGCAGUUAUCAGUGUCAAUCUGGUAGCUCAAUAUGGGGACAAUCCUAUAAAAGUUUACUCCCAGAAAAUCGGAGGUCAGAGAAGACAGAAGCAAAUUCAGAAGAACCAAUGAAACCUACUGUGGUCUAUCACAUUAUCAUUCCUCCUAAGAAUUAUGAGAAGCUUCGCAAUAAUGACUUCCGUUUUACAAGCAGUCAUAGUAUUGUUCAUAUCAGAAGAUGCAAAAAUAUGAAAGAUAUUCUGAUGGAGCUGAGGUACGACGAGCAUGAAGAGUUGGAAGAUGGAAUGGAUAUAGGCGAUGAUUAUGCAACUGUGGAUAGUAGAAGUGAGCCGAGGAAAUUCUACAACUUGGUAGAUCAUGUGGUGGAUCCGACGCCUACUCAAUUACCUGCAGUUCAGUUGAAUAUACUUUUUGGUCUCAAUUUUUAUUAUCUGAUUUGGGCGAAACCUGCUUCUAAUCUUUCCCAAAAUACCAUUAAACUGCAGAGAAAAUUGGCAUUCGCAUUGUUUAUUCAGUCGUAUGCAAUGGUGCUUUUGUUCUCCGUCCCAAUAAAUGUAGUGGUUUUUGUUAUCAAGACUUGGUACCAUAGCCAAGCGAUCAAUAACUUGGUGUUUGUGGGAUUAUCCGUUCAUGGGACAAUAUCAACAUUGAUAAUGGUAUUCAUCCACAAACCGUAUCGAAGUUUUGUGAUGGGACCUGUCAACCGACUAUUCUACAAAACUCCGAUAAUCACUGUAAGAUCAAAUGAUUCAGCGACGUGGUUCAGUUCAGCGAAUGGCUCAGCGAAUUGA